AUGUCAAACAGAUACCAGCAACAGCACCGGGCAAAUAAACCUUUGCUUCCUGCAACAGAUCCCAGGGAUCCUGAAUAUGGCGACGAAGGGUCUAGUUCUGCUGGAGGGGCAGCAGGAAGACAGCCUAAGCGCUCAAAGGUCACUGCUGUCGCCUGUCAACCAUGCCAAAAGAGGAAGAGCAAGUGCGAUGGACUACGGCCCAUAUGUUCCUCGUGCCAACAGAAAGGUCGAACCGAUUGCGUCUACGAUUCCUCCAGCGACCUACGAAGAACCUCGGCUUUGAAGCAGAGAAUAGAAAAUCUUCAACAAGAGGUUUCGGACCUCAAAGACAUCCUCCUGGCCUUGUGUACGGCGUACAGUUCGGGUGCCGGUGAUAGUCUCCUCGCUCUCGUCCAUCAGAAUAUUGGUGGGGGUGACUUCUCACGCGUUCCAGAGCUAGCACAGCUGCUUCGGGCAAGUGAGAGUCUGAACUCCACCAGCCGGCUUCAUAUGGCGCAUGGAAGCUUUGGACAAACAAACACUUCGUUUGACCGUUUUCAACAGGAGCCCCAGGGGUUCGAUGUCGAAUACCACGGCAUCGUGCAGGGUAACGUUCAGCAGUCCAGUGCGAUAGACGGACAACAUGACUGGGAUGCGCACAAAGCUUCGCAACAAGUUGAAUCCAAUCCUCAAGAUUAUCGCCCAGGAUAUAUGUACCAUCCAUGA